AUGCACCGUGCCUGUCCUGUUUUUAUAUUUUUUCAAAUUCUUCUUAUAUCAGAAUUUCAACGGAAAGCAUUAUCUGAUGAUGGAGUGAUUAUUGCAAAGGAUAAACAGAUUCUAGUUUUAAGAGCUAGGCGGAGUGUCAGCGGCUCACAGCCGCUGAUUCAAGGUUCAGUAGCUGGAACUCCGUCUGCCUUGAAUAUUGCAUCAUCAUACAAAGGGCAGCCCUCAGGACAAUCUCUGACGCCUUUUGCCCGGGCAACUGGGCAAAGCAUAACGGCAGUGUCAGCGCAACCAGUAGUACAACCUUCUACGUUGAAUGUCAAAACACAAACCGAAGGACAAGAUACAAAUUCAAUUCAGCAAACUACGGGCCAGUCUAAAGGAACAGGGUUACCCAAUGGCGAAGAACUCGAAGAAGAUCCUGAUAUGGAUCAAAAUUCUAACGACGAAUUGGAUGAAUAUGACGAUUCUGAAACUGAUCCCGAAGUAUUGACGGAUUGUUGUCGACGCCGUCGUCGAAAAUGUCAUUGCUUUCGUCAACACUUUCGGUAUCCUCGACGACGGCGAUUACGGGGCGGGGGAUCAAGACUAAGAGAACCAAUGGACGAUGAUUAUUAUUUUGACAGGGACCGUGAACGGGUUGACGAUUGGUUGGAUUUUAGAGGAUCCCCCGAUUACUAUGGAGACAAUGCCGAGGGAGGUAAUGGAGGAAAUAGAGGAGGUAACGAAGGUAACGAAGGUAACACGGGAGGUUAUGGUGGUACCGGAGGUAACACUGAAGGCACCGGAGGCACUACGGGAGGCUAUGGCGGCACCGGAGGCACUGGAGGCACUAGAGGAGGCUAUGGUGGCACCGGUGGUACUGGUGGAGGUUACGGUGGCACCGGAGGGACUGGUGGAGGUUACGGUGGCACCGGAGGGACUGGUGGAGGAGGUGGUGGCGGUGGUGGAGGAAGAGCUGAGGGAACUGGUAAGGAAUUGACCACGUAAGAGCAAUAAGGAACUUUAUGAAAGAAAUUGCCAUUGCCAUAUUGGAACGAUGAGCUGUAAAACAGGCUUAAAAACAUAUAUAAAUCGUUUUCACAUGACCUCACUGCGGCCAUGUUGCAGUGCAAAACCGUCAAACGUCGGUCACGUCGGUGUAUAAAAAAAAAUUCCUGUGGGGAUUGAACUCUUUCAUGAUGUAAAAACUUUGAUUUGUUCCGAAAAAUUUGCAGAGCUGGUGGCCGCGUGAGUGGAAAUGAUCUUUACACCAGACACAUUCUGUUCAGGGCCGUAGCCAGUAUGAGGCGAACCGAGGCACUCGCCUCGGUAAAAUUUUACCAAAUACUGUCGAUUUUUAUUUUUUUUAUCAGACUGAUAAUAUUAGAAGAUUUCAUACGGCUGAUUUCGUACAACGGACCGUGUGUUCGCCUCGGUUGUAGUUUCUUCCUGGCUACGGCCCUGCUGUUAAUUUCCUAUCAUUUUUUUUCAUACUCAGGAACAGUUUUGUAGCUCCUACAAGCUUAUUCUUUCAUCUUCAAUUUAUUGUUUAAAUCUUUUUACUUACUCAGAUUGUUGUUGUGUCAAGUGGGGAGGACUAAAACCUCACGUUGAGUGGGUAAACGUUCCAGUGUGUUACCGUCCAUGUGAGUAUUUUCCUGCUGUAUGCACCGCUGCAUUCAUUUACUCUGUUCAUUGUAAACUAGGGAACUUAAGAUGGAGACGUUUUCGGGGCGACGGCGACCGGACUGGCAGAGAAAGCCUGGAACUAAGGCAGCCGUCGCUCCCCGUCAAAAAUAGAACAUUAAGAUCGCAGUGAACUCAGAAGGACGGCGCCUUUAAUUAGAAGAAUACCGAAGAGGAAAAUAUGGCUUCACAUAAAGAAUUAAGAGAAUAAAUAUUUGCUAUGCAGACAACAUGUAUCGGAUGAAGAGUUUCUCGUUUUGUGGAAAAAUUAUGAGUCCAAAAAUCCCGAUUUUCCUCGAGACAGUUACGAUCCGUUCACGCUAAGAAACAUGCGGGAUGCAGCUGAGUUCAAGGCAGAAUUUCGUGUUGAAAAAAAAUGAUCUCCACAGGCUUACCGAAGCCUUGCAAAUUACAGGAACAUUAAAAUGCUACCAAGGAACCAUAUUCUUAGUUUGGCAUUGAAAUAAUUCCCGGUAAAUACUUGCAUGCAACAACAACAACAACGGCAACAACUUUCUUUCAGUAUUCCCACGCCGAGUUAGUACAUGGUAUUACCUACUAUUCUAUAUAAUUUUCAAUGCGUUUCAUUUAUACGAUGUUCUAACGAAAAGAGCGAACUAAAAACACACAAUUGAAAUAUCGGAGUUCAUAUUUUUUGUCUGGAUACUUUUAUUUGGCUCGUGGGAAAAUUUUGUCCCAUGUCAAGCUCACUUACGGUUGGCUGUUUGCCAAGUUGGAUCUUGACCCUGUGAAAUGAAAACAUAGAAACAUUCAAAGAUGUAAGUUUAGCGAACAUAGCUUGGAAAUCGAGCUUGAAAUGUGCCUCAAAGAAAACAAGGACAAUUUACGAACGAUAAUCUGCAAAAUGUUGGUUGCUAAACGCAACAAACCUGAUUGAAAUGACAGUUAAAUACUCACGUUUUCGCCACAACGCCAAACAGACCAGUUUCACGUCGCCGACGGGACCACGACGGCAAGGUGGUGAGCACGAGCAUGCGCAAUAUCCAACAAAUGAUGAUGUCACGUCCGGUUGAAGUUGCCGUCGCCCCGAAAACGUCUCUAUCUUAAGUUCCCUAGUACUAUGACAGUGACGGCGACGGGAACAUCUUAGAAGCAGGUACAUCACACUUUUGGACGUUUUGGGUAUAUUUCUUCGCCUUCUCUGAACGACUACGACGUGAUCGUCCUAUUAUGACGUUUUUUGGAGGACGUAUUAAAAACACGAAAACAAAGCUUUAAUUCAUUCUACUUGGUCCCUAAGAUUUCAUGUUUAGGAAUUAAAAUUGUCUUGCGUAUGGGACAAAGUAAUCGAUUUGGAAUAAUCGCAAUGAAGUUUUAAAGAACGAGAUGCACUGUAAGAGGGACGUUUUCGACGCCGCCGUCAUCGUGGUUACUUAAUCUGUUUACCGUUCUCUCCUCACAAACGACUGUUGUUGUGUGGACUGUGUGUAUGUGAACGCCUUCAGCUUUAUUGUGUAUCCUGGUUUUUUUUUCAGGCUGUAUUGCCAAACCGCACUGCGAACAUUGUUGUGACAUUGAUUGCCACCAUUGUGCCUGUGAACCUUGCUGCGGUGGCUGUUGUUGCCAUCACUGUCCUUGCUGUCAUUGUUGUCAUCAUUGCUGCCACUGUUGUCAUUGUAGGAGGGAAAUAG